CUCGCCUCUCUGCCCACGAUGAAAGACCUCACGCACGGCCUCUUCAAGCUGCCCUCCAAGGAGGAGCGCAUCGCCGCACGCGCCGGCGCCUCGCUCAACCCGCUCAAGCUCGCGGCCAUGCUCUCGCCCCUCGAGGCGGCGUGGUUCUUCAGCGGCUGGCUGGCCUGGACGAUCGAUGCCUGGGACUUCUUCAGCGUCUCGCUCUCCGUGACGCGCCUCGCCGUGCAGUUCGGCAAGGAGGCGCACGACAUCACCACGUCGAUCACCCUCACGCUCCUCUUCCGCUCCCUCGGCGCCGUCGUCGCGGGCCUCAUCUCCGACCGCUACGGCCGCAAGUGGCCGCUGGUGGGCAACCUCGUCCUCAUCGGCGUGCUGUCGCUCGGCACGGGCUUCGUGCAGACGUUCCCGCAGUUCCUGGCUGUGCGCUGCCUCUUCGGCAUCGGCAUGGGCGGCAUCUGGGGCAUGGCCACCGCCACGGCGCUCGAGAACAUGCCUGCGGCGCCGCGCGGCCUCUUCUCGGGCAUCCUGCAGCAGGGCUACGCCGUCGGCUACCUGCUCGCCGCCUCGGUCAACCUCACGUGGAUCGCCAAGACGAACAACUGGCGCAACCUCUUCUACCUGGGCGCCGGCCUCUCCGUCUUUGCCGCCCUCGUGCGCGCCGUGCUGCCCGAGAGCGCCCUCUUCGAGCGCGUCAAGGAGGAGCGCCGCCUCAAGGGCGGUGCCGAGGGCAAGGGCAAGGUCUUCGUGCGCGAGACCAAGGAGAUGCUGCGCCUCAACUGGCCGCGCGUCAUCUACGGCAUCCUGCUCAUGACGGGCUUUAACUUCCUGAGCCACUCGUCGCAGGACCUCUACCCGACGCUCAUCGAGAGCACGAAGCUGGCCUACCUGCCGUCUGCCCACGCCAAGAACCUCGCGUCCAAGGCCACCAUCAUCGGCAACUGCGGCGCCAUCGUCGGCGGCACGCUGGCCGGCUACAUCUCGCAGUACCUCGGCCGCCGCCUCACGAUCGUCAUGUUCGUCAUCACCACCGGCGCCCUCAUUCCCGCCUGGAUCUUGCCCCACAGCUUCAGCGCGCUUGCUGCUUCGGCGUUCUUCGUGCAGUUCGGCGUGCAGGGCGCGUGGGGCGUGGUGCCCAUCUACCUGAGCGAGAUCUCGCCGCCGGCGUUCCGCGCGACGUUCCCCGGCGUGGCGUACCAGAUCGGCAACAUGGUCUCGUCGGCCUCGUCGCAGAUCGAGGCGACGGGCGGCGACAACCUGCGCCUGGCGAACCCGCGCUUCAACCCCGCGCAGCCCGUCAGCGCCAAGAACCCGACGACGAUUCCCGACUACGCCACCGUGUCGGGCAUCCUGCUCGGCGUCGUGUGCGCCUACCUCACCUGCGUCGUCAUCUUCGGCAAGGAGUACCGCGGCGCCGAGUGGGACACGACGGCGCCCGUGCCGCAGGCUGCCACGGCGCACAACGCCGACGAGAUCGAGCGCGGCAGCGACGCCGAGCACGUCGGCGACAAGCACCUCGGCUCGGAGCAGGGCAGCGUCAAGAAGGCCUGAGCGCAUGGCUCGACCGUCUCUAUUCUCUCUCUCUCUCUCCCACCUCACCUGUUCCACGUCUCAUGACCCACGCUCCCGGUGCUCCCUCACGUCACGACCCGCAUCUGUACGCCCUCCCGCCGCCUGCUGCGUGUCGCGGAAUACCAUCGUCUCUGCUGUG